AUGCUGGGGAUGGGUGCAGACCCUGCAGCUGGCCUGUAUCUUUACGGCGGGUUCUGCCAGGCCGGCGGGCUGAAUGGCGGCGUGAAGCAGGCGGCGCACGCCCAGAGCGGCCCCCAGAACGGCGCGUUGACCUCCCAGGACAAGAUGGCUGUGUGGGCGCAGCAGAAUGCUCUGAUGGCGGCGCUCCACUCCAGCCCCUGCCCGGAGCUGGCGGCGGCGGCGCUGCAGUCGCGGUGGGCCGCCGCGGCGGCAGCCGCAGGCAAGCCGAGAGGGUGCGGCGGCGGGCUGGUGCUCCCCAGCGGCGUGCCCCAGGCCGGCCACGCCCCCUACCCGGGCCCGACUCCCACCGUCACGCUGUCCACCACCCCCACACUGCGCGUCGCCCCCGUGGCGCCGGUACGCGUGGCCCAGCCCAGCGCCAGCCUGACCCCCAGCGGCGGCAGCCAGGAGCGGCCGGGAGCCGGCGACAACAGCACCGGCAGCGAGCAGUCGUCGUGA